UUCUGGCUACUGAAUCGGAGGGAGUUUCGAAAUAUUUCAUGAUUAGUUACGGGAUAACACGUAUUCAAAUAGUUCUAUUAUUAUUUGCAACGCAAUAUUGUGACCAUUAAAACAUUUAACUAUGGCUAAUGUAGUUAAAAUGCUCAGGAAAAUCCUGUAACCACGAGAACCCCUUUCUGAGGACUUAAAUCAAGAAGAAUACCUGAUGCUGUCUUUAAAACAUGGAGCUGAAGUUGGAGGUUGUUUUGUCAUCCAGCAUCAAACGAAAGAAACCAUGGCCGCGCUUCUGUUGGCUUGGGAAGGAGAAGGAGUCUGUGUUCCUGUUGGAUGACAAACGGAUCAGUGAGAUCAACAUGGUGUCUGGUCGCACCAAGAAGAGGACUCCUAAACUCCAUCCUUUACUCAACAGCGUGGUGACAAUGGCUUCAUCCCACAGUGGUAUGUGGCUUUGUGGACUUUUGGUCUCAGGAGAGCUGUUUCUGUGGAACAGGGAUAAAGACUUGUUGAAGACGGCUGCAGCAGUCCCAGAAGUAGUUCAAAUGAUAACUGCUGGUCAAGGCAAUGCCACACGAUUCUCACUCCGGGUGUCAGGGGAUGGGAUGCGUGUGCUCCUGGUAGCCAUAACGGGGCAAGUGUUCCUGUGGGAGUGUAUGGAUAUCAGGGAUUUAUCGGGGGUACGAGAUGGCACAGUCAGGGGACACUGGGCACAUAUACAACCCUUAGAAGACUCCGUUCUGCCUUCUUCACAAGACAAAGAAGCAUCUGUACACACCAUCUUCGUCAAGACAGAGGUGAUGGGCGAUGCCUGCUUAUCAGCUUUUGUUUUCACAUCUGGGAAGAAGCUAAUCCUCACCUGCUUAAAAAUACAGUGGGAAGAGGCCAGCAUGAGAGCAGGUUCUGUGGGAUACAGCAUCAAGUGGGCCACCAAGACAUACCCCAUGUCUUGUCUCAGCUCUCCCUGCCAACCAGUGAAGUCCAGAGGGGCCUUGGUGCCAGCCUUCUCCCCAGACGGCUGCCUGUUAGCCAUCGUCCUGAAUCAGAGACAGCCUAAGGCCACGCAGGUCCUCUUUGUGAGCACACAGAACUUUGUCUCAAUAUCAAGUAGCCUUGGAGGAUGUGGAAGCAAAAAAAUGGAGAUCCCCUCUAAAUACAUAAGGUCCUACUGGGUGGGCAGUGUGAGCUGGUCACCAGGUGGUCUUUUCCUGGCCUGUGUCCUGAAGAGAGGCUCCCUCCUGAUGGUAGCUCGCCUUGGGGGGCUUCUCACUCUGGCAAGCUGUGGAUGCAAUGUGGACUUUGGGCCUGCACACUUCCUACCCCUGCACCCUCUCGUCACCUACAGGGCGCCAAUGUCUGCAGGGAGAGGGGACGGCUCUCUGUCCAGCUCUAGCCUGUCUGUGCGGGAUGUCCUGAGGCAGCGUUUUUCUGUAACCUGGCACCCCCGGCUGUUGUACCUCAUUGUGUCUGAUGGCUACAUGGCCACAGUCCUGCGGGUGCUGGAUAAGCCUUCUCCUGCCCUGUUGCUGAAAACACUUCUGAAUGACACAAGCAAGGACCUGGAGAAGGCCAGCCGGUUACUGGAGAAAUCUCAGAUUCAUGUGAGGGCAUGGUUGGAGUCUGUGUCUUGUCUGAAUGUUGACAGCAGCCUCCUCACAUGUGGGCCCAACACCGCAGACUCUGUGGUUUCUGUAGCCACAGACGGAUCCACUCUGCCACUUUUCCUGCAGGAUCACGGGACAUUAGGGGGUACCACGGAGCUUCUUGAAAGAGUACAGACUUUCUUUGAAGAUGACUCGGAUGUAGAUGGACCUCCUGCUGGCUCUCACAUGGAGGAUGGCGGCCGUCUGGAGUUUGCUUCAAUGUUCGACACACUCCAUGCCCUGGACACACAGACUGGACUUGUCACUAGCCCAGAUUUUGAAGAAGACUUUGUAGAAACAGAGAGAAAGACUUCUCUUCUUCACAGAGAGCUUGGGAGAAUCCAGACUAAGCUGUUGACAGCUUGGGCUUUUGGCAUGUCUCUCAGAAAUGCUGUGGAAAGCAGAAGUCGUCUGCUGAAGCACACGCUCUACUGUGUGGUGCGAUUCGCUGCUUUACUCCACUUGACCCCUCGCCCAGCAGGGAAAAAGAACACCUCGGUGUCUACUUUGCACCUUCUCACAACUCUUCUGCCUUUUCUUCCCUGGGAUAGCUCUCACUCAGAGCCUUGCUGUCUGGGGCUGAUGGUAGAGCUCAGUAAACGGCUGAUACGCCUCCUGCUGACCCCUCCCCCUGAGUCCCACCUGACCGGUCAUUAUCAGUUAUCCUCUCACAGUCUAUCAUCAGUCCUGCGUAUCCUGGAGCUGGUCUCUGAUUCGCUCGAUCAAGCCUACAGCCUAGAGCAAAGAUCUGUCUGGUCCUCUGUGGAGAAGGACUCUCUUUCCCUGCCACCACAGCUCUGGCACUCAGAUGUACACUAUGUGCCUCUGUUGCAGGAUGACAGGGAAGGGAAAUCCAGUUUUGUACAUCAAGGCCGACCUGUUCCCCAGCGAGCGUCCAGCAGGUUGUUGGGAGUGUGGCAGUGGGUCUACAAGAUCUCCCAACUGUAUACAGAAGAGUUAAAGAGCUGUGAAGGCUGGGAUGGCUGGGAGGAGGAACAGCAACAGUUGUCUGUCAUCAUGUCCCGGAUCCAAAUCGCUCUGCAGGCCACAGGAGAAAGGCUAGAGGAGGGUCCUGCACUGCUGAGUUACCCAGGCGAACAUCUCUUCCUCUGUGGCUCGUACCCGAAAAGUGCAGAAACCUUGCGUUCUCAAAUUUGUGAAGAGACUAACAGAAGCUGUGAUCGUAGCGUCUUCAAGGAGACGCGACUUUGUCUGGCCCUCCUCUACAGUCUGCUAUCCCAGUACCAUCUGAGAGACGCUCAGGAGCUGGGGGACCACAUGGCCCGUCUGAUCCUGGACAGGACCGGAAACCAGGAGGACACCCUGACCGGCGAAUCAGACCCUCCCCCCUGCCCGUGGCUGCCUGCAGAGCUUCACAGUGACGCAGCCUGUGCUGUGGUUCAGACCCUGGGGAGAUUCAUGGCUUCUUAUUUCACCAACCAACCCCUCUGCAUCUUGCCCCCUCACCAUGUGGCCGUUCUGCCUCCACUACACCUUCCUCAUGCCCCUGGUGUAGAGCGCCUGGUGCCACUGUGCCAGGAGGAGGUGUCGAGAGCAGUGCGGCAGCAGCAGCUGUCAGAAGUGUGGACAGUAGACUACGCCCAGGAGAUGCUGCUGCUCGGGGGGCUGCUUCCUGAGACUGUGUGGUUGGCUCAUCAUCUUGGGGACUGGAAGACAGCGGCCUCUCUGAGCCUGGCCUAUUCCAAUUACUGCACUGGCCACUUUGACUUCACUCGGCUCAGGAGGAGAGAGCUCCACCUCCCAGCUGCUUUAGAACCAGAAAGCAUUUUUCAGGUUGAGUUGGAGUGUCUUCUGCGCACGUCUGUCUCCCAAGAGUCCAUGGAGAAAGAUGGUGACAAGACCUUCACAGACCCCUCUGAAGGAGAAGACUGGGACUUACUACAGGUUUCCAUACAGGAGAUUCUAAAGGCUUCAGUCAUGUCUGGAGUGAAUGUUUUGUCCUCACCGUUGUCUUCCCUGCUGGAGACGGCCAAAGAGCUGUGUUCCUGCCUGCCGAUGUUGGUGCCAAGCGGAUUGUAUCUGCCCUCCCCUCCACUUUAUUGCCCUCAGCCUUCCCCCAACACACAGGACCCAGUUGGGACAAUAGGGCAGUUUGCAGAAGUGGCGUCACGUCACAGACUGUCUGGAGUUCUCCAAAGAUUACUGCUGCUUCUGAGAUCUGCUCGUUGUUGUCAUCCUGCCGCCCAGUGGUACAUCAGCCAUCUGCGCCGGGCCAGACGCGUUCUUCACAAGAUCAAGAAGAAGUACGCCUAUCCAUCAGCCAAGGAAGAAGAAAAGGCUUUCCCAGAAGGCCUGAUGAAGUUUGUCACCCGGAGUGGAUUCUUCAAACGGGGGCCGAACAAAGACGGUCACCUGGACCCCGACACUAUUCAAACUAUUAUGUGUUUCAGGGAGCUGUGUGGGUUGUGCUGGAUGCUUCAUGUCAGGGACCAGCUCUCCAUUUCCUGCAGGAAGUAUCAGGCCGCCCGACAGCAGAAUAGAGAUGAGCAGACCCCUGGCGAUUCAGAUGUGAGAUCCACCUGUCUAGAUGCUCUGCGCUGGGCCUGCCGGUUCCUGCCUUUCUCUUGCUUCCUCAACGCUGAGGAGAUCCUCCAGGACGUCCUGCUCAGCCUCGUGUCGGAACUUCCUCCUCUUUCUCUGGUGGCAGACACCUUGGUGCGCGCUUUCCCAGAGGAGGAGGAGUCAGUGAGAGUCCCUCUGAGAGAGAAGUAUAGCUGCCAGCUACAGAGAUUGAGGCCAUGCAAUGUCGUUGAUGGGGAAAAGGAAGAGGUGGACGAGUUGAUGAUGAUCGUGAUUCAAGACAAAUCCAGGCUGAGGAGAAAACACCUGGGGCGUUUGAGGAGGCACUUGGCUCCACCUGAGCUCCACCUGUGGGAGAAAGAGGAGGAAGUGGAGGACAGGGGAAGCAAACAUGGGAUUGCUGUGUUGAGGCAACUGUCACUGGGUACCAGUCUGAGCACCAGCACUUUGACUGACUGUGGGUUCCCGCCAGUGUGCAGCGAUGGAGACACAGUGGAAAACACGUCUGAGGCUGUCUCUCCUGAGUUAAGGGGCAAAAAGGUGAAAAACAGAAAACACGCAAAGAAGACAGCUGUUAGGAUCGAAAGUGUCAUUCAUGAGGAGAGUCAGCCAGGGGAGGCCAGCGAGCAGCCCUCUCUGCCGGUGGUCGGCACCUGGGAGUUUGAGCUGGAAGAUGAUGAGUACCUUAAUUUCCUGGAGCUCUUCCUCAGCUACGUGCUAGAGAAGGACAGCGCUGAUGGAGACUCAGCUGGUGAACUCCCUUUGUUAAAGGGUUUCUCCUCCCAGCUGCGGGAGAGAGAGUUGCAUUCCCUCACAUUCGAUGUGCUCACAACUAUUCACCGCCGUCAAAGAGACGUGCACCAUCCAGCGCGAAAAAACUCGGGCAAUGAUCCUCCGGUGUUCAGAGCUGGCAGCUGCUACAGACCUGUGAAGACCUCGGAGCCUCAGACGCCCUCCAGCUGGAGUGAAACUCCCGCAUCCAGAGCUGCUGUCACCUCUCCUCCCAGGCUGGCAACUGGCAGGCAAAAAGGUUUGUUUGGCCUCCGUCGGCAGGGGACUUUAGGCCAGAGAAUGAAGGGAGGGCUCUUUGGUUCUGACAGCAGCCCUGUGCGAAGUGCCUUCCCCCCCGAGCAGCCUUCACAGAGCUCAAUAUUUGGCUGCUCAACCUUUGUAGAGACUGUGAUUGAACUGCAGCAGGGCCUGGGCCCCAAACUGGAGACGCAGUUUCCAGAGCUGGGCAGGCUGCUGGAGUGGAUGGUGCGCUGGGCUGAUAGGAGGGUGCUCCUUGGACAUCACAGCAAAAAGAAGAAAGAGAGGGGAGGAGGGGAGGGAGGAACAGCAGAUGAAGGAGUAGUGAUGCGAGUCAAAGCCUCUGCGGCCGCCAUCCUCACGUCGCUCAACCUGCUGGAGCUCAGGUGCACCGCUCUGCUCGGGGCUGACCGCUUCAGCGCCCACAUCCAAGUUCCAGAAACACAGUGGGCUGUUUCCCCUGUGCUGCACCCUGAGGUGCACAGGAAUCUGGAGAGAGAGAGCAGUGUUGAUACAGGCUACCCUGGGUCUGCCCACACCCCCAUCAUUGAUCACAAUAUACAGCAUGGAGAAAUGUCCAUCAGUGGGUCUCGCACAGAUGAGCUGACUCUCCCUGAUGAGCACUAUCAACAACCCUGUGACGCUCAGCAGAUACAGUCAAGUUCACAACAACUAUGUCUUGAUGACUUAGACGUUACACCUGAAAAAGAAGGCAGAACUAGUGACAGCGAGGGCCUGGCUGUGUCGUCCUCUGUUUCCCAUCAGAGCUUCUCUGGAAACAUCUGCACACCUGAAACGAGUUUAAAGCUUGCUGACUUGGACCUCUCAGAGAAUGCUGAAGACUUGUCCAGCUCUACGUCUCUCCUUAGUCAUGCUAUAAGCCUGGAAGCCCCCCCACCCCCAGAUCCCCGAGCUGUUCCUCCUGUGCAGCCUGAGGCAGUCGCCGAUGCAGAGCCUUCAGGUUUGACUAGACUGCUGCUCCCCCACACAUCUGUGGAUCCUCCAAGCCUUCAACCUCAAAGCUCCACAGCUGGAGCAUCCACUGCAGCACCCUCAGCCCCCGAUCAGCCGUUAUUCAAUCUGACUUCGCCAAUGCGACAGCGUCUGGGGGAAGAUUUAUUCAGACUGGUUCAGCAUAUCAACUACAUGAGCCUGACGGAGGUUUUGGGCGCCACGUUUUCUAACCUCCAACUUGCCCAGAGAGAGAGCUCCUCUUUGGCCCAAUCUAACAUUACCACCUCACACCCUAAUGUGCCAUCCUCUUAUGCCAUCCCUCAACCGAAUGCCUUACCCCUUCAAAACACCCUUUCAGUGCCACCUCAGACACAUGUGCCAACUUCAGGAUCCAACAACCUCCAGUUCAGUCCGGCUCCUGCAUGUGUGUCUGCAGAACAGCCUGCCAUACAGAGCUCAGGGAAAACCUCCCACACAGGAGGACAGAAUCAUAUCAACGAGAAUCUAGCAGGUGUUAAUCAGGGAAUGCAGCCACUCUCUGUGCAGGCGGAGUCAUCAGAAGUACAGGGUGGGGAAAGCAGGAGGUUAAUCCCGACCUCACAGGGGCUUCUAGCCACCACGGACACAAGUCAUGCUAUUCCCAUUGCACCUGUGUUACCAGCUUCUGUUGAUAGCCUUCAAAGCGAUCCUGCUCCACAGUUCUUGGGCGUGAAGUUACUUCAGCUCCACCGUCCUUCAGCGCCCCAACAGAAUGUCCCACACCCUGCAACUACAGAGUCCCAUCAGCCUGAAGAAUAUAACCAAUCCACUGCAGUUCCAAAUAGAAACCUCAGCUUCAAUCCUCCACAUGAUCCAACUCACAGGAACUCUCAACCAAUCAGAGAGACAUCCGAGAGGGUACUACUUCCUCCUGGAUCACCAGCUCACACACCAAUGCAGGGCCUUCGUCUGCUGCACGUUCAGCCUCCUCCACAAAACAACACUUUGUUCCCAAAACUACCCUUACCAUCCUACUCCAGGCCUGCUGCUGUGAUGGUAGCUCCUGUGGGACAGGCACCUAUGAUCAAGCUCCUGCACAUAGAUCCUGGACCACACAGGAUGUUUCGCGAGGCAGCCCCUUCAGCCCCAUCAAUCCGUCUCAUGUCCAUGGAGGAGUUGACGGCUUCGGCGUUCAGGAGGCCGACUGCUGAAGAAGCUCGACUGCGGUUGCUCAGAGUGGAACAACCGACAGAAAGAAGGGCGACCACUUCUCCUAACUUUAACUCCAGCAAGAGGGAGAAAAGGAGAGAGAAGAAGGCAAGAGAAGCAGAGGUCACAUUCAGACCAGAUGAGUCUAUGAUCCCUACACUCGAGCCAGCAAAGGAGCCUGUACAGGAGGAGCCUCCUGCUGCAGAACGCAUCACAACCGGACAGGAUGUGGCUAAUUUUGCUCAAUUUGGGUCCUUUGAUUCUUUGUUGACGGGUCAGAGAUUAUUGGACAGGGCCGAAUCCACUUCAGCAGAGCUCCAUGCUUUUGCUUCCACGUGCAAAAAUCCCCCAGAGUGCCAUGACGCGUUCACCAACACAGAGCCAGAUUGCCCUCCUGCACUUGUGGAUAAAGCAGUGACAGCAUCUGUGACUGACGGUAGCCCUAAAUCACACAAGCAACUUUCUCCAGAAACAGAGGAGACCCUGCAGGAGCCAGAGAGGAACCUGGGUACGGAUGGCCGCCAGUUUAUCAGCAUCUUGGAUCUAGAGGAUAGAGCCCUGCAUCAGGACCUGCCACUCUGUCUCAGCCCGCGACACGAUGCUCCUUUUGUCCGUCCUCCUUCACCUACUUCUGCGGAGCUUCAUGUACUUGCAACUUCGGUUUUACGGAGUGCUGCUGCUGAUCCACAACCCGUAUACACACCGCUCCACUGGAGAUCUCACACAGGUAUCCCUGAGGAGUCUCCGUCACUCGGCCACAUUGAGCCCAGUCGAGAUCCAGAAAGAUUCUCUCCACAAGGCCUGGUAGAUCGGUCUGACUCUGAAAUCUGUCGAGCCAUAAGAACCCAGAGCAUUAGUUCCUCGUCCCCACCUCCUGCGGUCCAAUUCUCCUCCCGCCUGUCGGAACUGGACGCCCAGCUGGCUGCUCUACAGAACAUCGCAGACUGUCUGGAGAAAGACUUUUCAAACUCCAGGAUGCUGGUGAACACCAUUGAAAAUCUCACCCCAGUCUUGGCUCCUGGUGUGAAGACUACCACUGCAGUCAAAAAAACAGUCCGACUUGCAGUCCCACGGGAAGCAUGGUUACCAAGACUGGACCCUCUAAUUGAACCAAAUGCAAGUGAAGAGGAGGAAGAGAGUGUGCUUCAUAAUCACUCCUGGGCUCAUGAAAGGAAGCCAUCUUUUCAUCAUAACUCUCCUUCUGACAGCCACAGAGCUGGUCCUUCCAACCUUCACUCUCCUCCAAAAAUGAAAGAUCAGCUGCCUGACGUGUCCGGAUUAUCCUCUCUCUGGGCAGACGAGGAUCUGGGUCGGACCGGGUUAUCCGAUACAGCUGAAAUCUUAGACGAGUUGGUGAGGGAAGGGUAUUUAUCCCCGACUGACCUGGAUUGGUCCAUUUCACAGACUGCACCGCACAGCAGCAGGCUGGACCAGCAGCAAAGCAGCUGGAUGUCGCAGAAACGUGUCCUUCCAGAGGAAGAGAGGAGGGAGCUGCGGAUCUGGAUGAGAAGGAAACAGAGGGCAAACCUGGCUGUUUAUCAGAAACACAGAGAGAGCCUAAGGGAGAGGGAGCACAAACCUUUUCCUAACUCAGGAGCAGUGAAAUCAACAAAGAAGAAUCAAGCAACCAAUUGGAGAACCAGAAAGGAAACAGAAAAGUUAAAGCUUCUGGAGCGAUACAAUCAAAGGGCCCGUGAAGCCUGGUCUCUGGCCAGUGACGUUCCGAGCAGCACUGUAACCCUACGCACCGCUUCUCAGACUGAAGGUUUACCAGUGCUUUUCACUACAAGACCCACCUAUGCUCCAGCCCCUGGUAGCACUCACAGGGCUCACAGUGGGUCUGAUAAAGUAAGUCUUAAGUUAGGACAAGCCCAACCCUCCCUUCGUCCAUGGACUGCUGAGAAUCAGGGACGACAUUCAGAGGAUUACCGCAGGAGACUGGGACUACAUAGACCAGUUACUUCUCUGCCAAGGGACCGUCUGUCUCAGGUGACCAGGCGUGGCAUGCUCACACAGACAAAGAGCAACCCUAAACUGCCCACAGUUAGCCAGAGUGAGGAACGACCUGUCGGACAACAGAGAAAGACGGGGCCAAACGAAGGUCCUUUAAGAGGGGCUGCUGUAGAGAGAGGGAACCUGAGGGAGCAGAUGUGGAUGGAAGAGGAGAACCUUAGGGGGCCAACUUCCCAAAUGAAUAGACUGCUAGAAAACGAAGAGUCUGACAUGGUAAUGGCUGGACUGGGCGAUGAGCAGGAGGAUGGUGCGACAGCUGGUGAUUUUGCGAUGGACUGGCUGGACAACCUUUCUGAGAGCGCCGGCAGCACCCUCAGCAAAAUAGACUGGGCAGCUAUAGAGAGGAUGGUGGCUGCAGAGAAAGUUUGAGCAAUACCACAAUCACACUUCAAUGGUACUAUAUUACCGGACAAACACUACAAGAUUGUAUUUUGCUAUGGAAUAUACUGUUUUAUUAAUUUAAAGCAAGACAAUAUCAAGUACAAUGUAUAUAUGUUUAUUAAAUUAGAUACGAUCAGCAGUGAUAUUUGUCAACAAAUAUUAUUAUUUUUAUUAAUAAAGUACGACAAAUCGAUUUCAUUUCCACAUAUUAUUUGCAUUAGAGUAUUUGCACAGUUGUCUUCUUGAAGAUUGCCAUUUUUGUGUAUGUUUUUCUACAUUUAUAAUUUAUUUUAGUUCGGACUUCACUAUAAAAUAUCUGGAUUUAAGUGUUUCAAAGCUGUUUACUGUCAUUUUUAUUGUUUUAAUUUUUGACUGUGUAGCCCUUAAGAAAGAGAGAGAUUUAUUGUGACCGUUUUCUAAUAAAACGUCCAACUUUUGA